GAGAUCAUGUGACCGAAUCGGAAUUAAACGCGGAAAUUGAUUAUUUUCAAAUUAAUUCAAGAGUAAACCGUAUUGACUUUGACCUUGCUCACAAGGAAGGCAUAAAGUUAUUGAACGACUUUAUUUAUUUGAUAGAAUCUAUAAUUUUUAAAAAUAUCUGCAUUCUUGAACCACAAGUAGAAAUCGAGUUUACUCAGUUUACUCGUAGUUCAUUUUCAUCUUCAAAGAGAGUUUGUACAAAUUUUGAUAGUUUAGAUAAUUCAACUAGACAAGAGUUUAUUCGAUUUGAAGAAGGGAAUGGAUAUAGGAUUCUAAGUAAAUUUAAAACACAGAUAACCACACAUAUGAAUUCUGUGUUUUCUUGGGCAAAUUCGAGUGUUUCACAAUCUCUAAAUCCAAAUUAUAGAAUAGUAGUGAAAAACUGCUUUGACUUUGAUAAAGUAAUUGCUUUAUCCCGUAUUCAUACCGGUAGUGGUAAAG